UUGAAUCUAUUCACCACUUCUAUAACAAUUACGCUUUCUAUCUCUCCAUCUUACUCUUUCUCUGCCUCUCUUUUUCUCUAUCUAUAUUUGUCUGCUUAUCUACCUGCAUUUCUCUCUGAAUGUCUAUAUCUCUUUCUCUCUUUUUCUAUAUCCUAUCUGUUUCGUUAUAUCUAUAUUUUUCUCUUUUUCUUUUUACCUCUCUCUCUCUCUCUCUCUCUUUCUCUUUCUAUGCCUCUACUUCGAUUCCUCAAUAUAUUUUAUAUUCAUAUUUCUCAAUCUAUCUAUCUAUCUAUCUAUCUAUCUAUCUAUCCUUCUCGUUUUACUCCUUAUACAUAUAUCUCUCUCUUUCUUUUUCUCAUCUUCUUUUCUCUCAUCUAUCUGUCUGUUUAUCUCUCUCUUUUUUUCUUUCUAUCUAUAUUCUAUUAUCAUGUCGUGGUUAUUUCUUCUGUUCAUAAUUUUCUACUCUCCUUCUACUUUCUGACUACUGCUUUCCCUUCUUUUCCUCUCUCUCUCUCUCUCUCUCUCUCUCUCUCUCUUACAUUCCUUUCUUUUCUUCUCUCUAACUAUUGCAUUCCAUUCUUUACUACUCUCCCUGUGUAUGUCUCUCUCUCUUACAUUCAUUUCUUUUCAACUCUCUCACCAUUGCUUUCCCAUCUUUUCUACUCUCUCUCUCUCUCUCUCUCUUACAUUCCUUUCUUUUCUACUCUCUCACUCUUGCUUACCCUUCUUUUCUACUCUCUCUCGCUCUGUUCAUUCUUUUCUUUUCUACUGCUAUUGCUUUCUAUUCUUUUUGAUUUUUUUCUACUCUCUCACUGUUGCUUUCCCUUCUUUUCUACUUCUCUCCUUUUACUCUCUCACUAUUACCUUCUUUUUUACUUUUCUUUUCUAAUUUUCUUUCCUACUCCUUCAUUAUUGGUUUCCAUCUUUUCUAAUUCUCUCUCUCUCUCUCUCUCUCUCUCUCUCUCUCUCUCUCUCUCUCUCUCUCUCUCUCUCUAUGUAACAUUCCUUUCUUUUCUACUCUCGCACUAUUGCUUUCCCUUCUUUUCUAAUUCUCUUCUUCACCUCUCCCCCUCUUACCUUCCUUUCUAUUCUACUUUUCUUUUCUACUUUUCUUUUCUACUUUUCUUUUCUGCUCUCUCACGAUUGGUUUCCAUCUUUUCUAAUUCUCUCUCUCUCUCUCUCUCUCUCUCGCUACUACCUUCCCUUCGUUUCUUUUCUACUCUCCCAAUAUUGCUUUCCCUUCUUUUCUACUUUUCUUUUCUACUCUCUCUAUUGCUUUCCCUUCUUCUCUCUCUCUCUCUCUCUCUCUCUCUCUCUCUCUAUUACAUUCCCUUCUUUUCUACUUCUCUGCUUUUACUCUCUCACUAUUGCUUUCCAUUCUUUUAUUUUUUUACUCUCUCACUGUGGCUUUCCUUUCUUUUCUAUUCUCUCUAUUCCUUUCCUUUUUUUUCUACUUUUCUUUUUCUUCUCUCUCUUUCUUUUCCUUCUUUUGUUCUUCUCUCUUUCUACACUCUUACUCUCGGCUUCCUUUCUUUUCUCCUUUUCAUUUCUACUUUUCUUUUCUAA